AUGUUCGCCACCAACACCAUCACAACUGCUCUCCCGUCUUGGGCUCUCAUCUUCAUCAUCCUCGGUUCCAUCCUCGCCUUCACGGCCACUUCCGUCGGCCUCUUCUAUCAUCUUGGUUUUCGUCGUCGUCUUCACUAUCGUGCUAUAUUCUCGUCCUGGACGCUCGUACCCAUCCCGGCGCCCUCGUCCCGCCCUACAUCUACGCCCACGUUUGGGCUCGAAUCAUUGGAUCUCGUCGAGUCGCUUCAGUCACCCGCGGCCGCGUACUCCUCCCCGAUCGUUAGAAAGGACUUCAACCUCGUUCGUGGUGCACGGCUACCGAGGACUUUAUCAUCAUACUCGGAUACGCCUAUACUGCCUCUUCAGGCAAUCUACACUCCGGAACUUCCAGGACUAGACGAGCCCGCUCCCGCUAAGCGUAUCUUUCAUCGUGAGGCGACGCCGCCUGCAAGUAUCGGCCUCGAUACUCCCCCUCCAACUCCCGUCAUCGAAGCCCCUAAGUGGGUCGAGGACUUCCUCCGCCAUCGCACAGAGGCGUCGAAUGAGUUUGCUCCAUCAUCUUCUGACAGCACUGCAAGCUCUUCGUGCAGCUACCCGAGCUCCGACUCGUCGUCCUCACUCACGUCUAUUUUGGACGCUUUCCCGGGCCCGCCCACUUCCGUUGAGAAGGCGCAGAUUGCAAACCCGAUUGAGGACAUCUUACCAACCCCACCACCGAGCCCGUUGGUACCUACGACCGACUUCUUCCAGCCCGUGGCUGCGAGCAAGAUGCUCGUACCUGACACCACGUCUCUGCAAUCAACCUCUUCCUCGGGUUCUAUGAGCACCAGCAGCUCUGACAUCCUUCUUCUCGGCCGUCUAUUUGGCUCGAGCGUCUCUUCAUCCUCGUCCAUUAGCGAUAUGGUCUCCUUCGAGAAGCCCGAGUGCCCGGCACUGCAGGUCUUCACUGCCUCUAAGUCACCCAACAUUACAUCGCCGCUUCUGUCGGCCUCGACUAGUUUCUACGUCUCAGUGGGGCACGCCGCCGAGGAUGACUGCCUCACGAGCACCAGCGAAGACGACCUCCUCCUAUUCGGUCGUCUCUUCACCUCGAGCUUUCCUUCAUCUUCGACCAUCCACGAGAUGGUCCCCUUCGAGAAGCCUGAGUGCCCGCCACUCCAGGUCUUCACUGCCCACAAGGCACUCAACAUCAUCCCGCCGCCUAUGUCGGCCUCAAUCAGCUUCUGCGUCUCGACCGAGCACGUCACAGAACACAACUACCUCGCUCCUCCGGCCUCACAGCUCUGGAGCUGA